AUGGAGCGGGCUCCCCAGGGAGUGGCCCAGGAGGAGCUGCAGUGGUGCAUUUCGCAGCUGGAGGCAGAUCUCCACCUCUCCCCACCCCCAAAACCAGCAGAGGAGACUCAGCACAUUCUUAAGCUCCUGUGCUCCCCUGAGACUCCUCUUGCAAAGAAGCAACAAGUGAUGAGUGAUGUGCUUGGAGAUUAUCGUCUCAGGAUGGCCGAGGGUCAGAAGAGCAUGAAGAAAGCAGGCGUGAAACCUGGUGCUGUGGAAGUACAGCAAAGCAAUGGGCAGGCUGAUGGUGGUGUGAAACAGUCUGACCCAAUCCCUGAGGCAAAGUCAGAGUUGUUCACAUCCUCUGGCAGCAGCUUCCAAUUUGAUUUUACACUUGCUGAGACUGACCCUGGAGCAGACCCUGGUGACAGUGGUGCUGAGCAGCAGUCAGAUGAUCAGCUGCAGAGAGAGGUGAACUGGUGUGUGGAACAGCUGGAACUUGGCUUGAAGACACAGAAACCCACUCCAAAGCAGGCUGAGGAGGCUCUCCGGGCAAUCAGGACACUGCGCAGUGACAAAGCUCCACUGGUGAAGAAACGUCAGCUCAUGAGAGCCAUGUUUGGAGACUACAGGAAGAAGAUGCAGGAAGAGCUGUCCAGAGAGCUAAAGCUCAUGGAAACAGCUGCAAAAUCCGCCAGGAUUGUGGAGGUGAAGGGAAGCAUCCGCAGGAAGAAUGGCCAGUUCAUCCGGAA